AUGGUGUCUGAUUUUCUUGUUCAACAUCCUAGUGGGCCACUUUUUGAACUCAGUGAAGAUCAAUGGCAACGUGCAGUUGCAAAAUAUAAAUCAUUAAGCGCAGAUAAUGAUGUUAAUUAUCUUAGUCGAACAGCAACAGCUAAAUUUGGUAAAACUAUUGGCACUCGUUGUCCAGUUGAACAGAUUGAAUAUGUCGAUGAAAAUGGUGCAAAAAAAGUUAUUGAUUGUUAUUUUAAACAGGGACCAUACAAAGAUCAAUCAAAAGGUUUAGCUGAACUAGCUAAAGAAUUGGGUGUACAAUUACCACCUAAAGCUAAAUUAGAUGAAAUUCGUAAAUUGCUUUCCGAACAUCGAGCUUUUUAG